AUGAAGUCGACUUCUCUUGUCCAACUGAUCCCCCUGGCCUCCCUCGGGCAGGCCCUUUCGAUCUCUCUGCCCCCGCUGAUUCCGCACAUUCCCGGUGUGACUGAGGCCCUGAACAACAUUGUUCCCCCUCUUCCCAUCCUGCAGGUCCCCACUGCUGCUGUGGACAGCCCCCCCUUCACUGCCAGUGACCUCAAGCCCAAGAAGAUUGGGUACUUCUGGACUGGUGCCGGUGACAAGCAGCACAAGGACUUCCUUGCCACCUACAGUCUGGAUGAUGACACCUUUGGCACCCUGAUCUACAUCACGGAUGUGCCCUCCAGUGGCAACGACCCUCACCAUCUUGGACCGUCUCUUGACGGCAAGACCCUCAUCGGAGGUGGCCUCCUGUCCCUGCUGAAGACCCAGGACACUGCCUUCUACUUCGACACCAGCAACCCCUACCGCCCCAAGUUCAAGAAGAGCAACCGGGCCAUCCUCUCGUCCAUUGCCGACGAGAUCCGCGCAAAGCCCGAUGGAGGUUUCUACAUCACCUACAUGGGUUCUGCUGUCGGAACCACCCCCGGCCGUCUCGUCGAGACCGACGCGGACUUCAACAUCAUCCACGAGUGGCCCGAGGAUGUCGAUGGCCUGCUCGACAUUCUUGGCCAGCAGUUCUCCCCUCACGGUCUUUCCAUCGACUGGGAGCGGAAGCUCAUCCUCACCUCGGACUUUGUCGAGCCCAUCAGUAUCCUGAAGCCCAGCACUGGUAUCCGCCGUGCCAACACCCUCCGUCUCUGGGACUUGGACACCAAGCACAUCCUCAACACCAUCACCAUCCCUGAUGGAGGUGGUAUCCAGGACGUCAAGUUCAUCCCCGGCAACAAGGAAGGCGCUGCUCUCGCCACCGCCGUUCACCUCGGCCAGGUCUGGAUCAUCUACCCCGAGCGCAAGGACGAGCACGGCAAGCCCGGUGUCACUGAGCUCCUCUACGACCUCGGCCCUAAGGCCCGUGACACCACCGCUAUCUACACCGAUAUCACCCAAGACGGCAAAUACAUCUACCUGACCUUGACGACCGCCAACCACAUCGCGGCCCUGGACAUCAGCGACCUCAACAACGUCAAGCGCCUCGACGACCCCGAUGAGGACCAGCCCACCAUCGGCCCGCACUACAUCAAGGUGACCCCCGACCAGAAGCACGUCGCUGUCACCGACUACUUCGUGCAGACCGGCGAGAUCGGCCUCAUCAACACCCCGGCCGACUUCCACGCCCUGUACAUCGACAUUGAAGAUGACGGCAGCUUGAGCUUCAACCGCAGCAUCGAUUUCAGCCGCGAGUUUGCGAACCGUGGUGGUGCCAAGCCGCACUCCGUUGUUGUCUUUGACUUCACUGAUCCCGAGAACCCGCUCUACUACUAG